UUGUCAUAUAUGUUUCAUCUGGAAUAUAUGACUCUGAUUGACUUGGAGGACUUGUAGAAUAUGGAGAAAAAGAACUUGUAGAAUUUUUGCUUGAUAUACUGACAACUACUCUGUCGGCUUGUUUGCUUUAUUCUGUAGUGUACAUUCCUUUUCUUGGAGUCAGGACGUUUACCUGCGCAAAAUAUUUUGGGAGUUUGGAAAUGAUAAAACCUAUAUUGUUAUUUGGUUACCAGUGCCUUGUUAGACGGUCUCCUAGAAUUGAUCGGAAAUUACAGAUGGUUUUAUUGUCUUGUUAGCAGUUAAAAACGUAUCUGGUUGCAAAAAAAUUAAUUUCACUUUGGAUUUCUUUUGGUCACUUACAGAAACAGGUCAUGACUAACUAUUGUAGAUAUAAUGGGGUUAAGCAUGUAAUAAAAGCAUAGAUAGCUUUACAGAAUCAUAUUGGAAUAUAUUUCUGCACCCAAGGAAGGUUGUUCUUAUGAAACAUUUCAUGAUUGCUCUUCCUGAAAUAUCAUAUGCAGCUUCAGCUAAAGUAUCUUGAGCAGAGUGGAUAAUAUAUGUGCAAAAUAUGAAUAAUUUCGUGAUUCAGGACUUAUUUCUGAAAUAUUCCAGGAUUCCUUUCCAUUUAAAUCUCAUACCUUCAGUUAAAGCAACUCGAACAUAGUGGAUUCUUAUUUGUGCUUAUUUUUGUGUCUUUAAAUAUACGAGAAAUUAGUUUAUUAGAGGUGACUGGCAUUUUCAUGGAGCCAGUUUGAAUCAAGCUGCUGUUUCUUAAUGGACAGUGCAUCAGUGUAUGGAGUCUGCUGGUAGGUCUGCAAUCAAGGUCUAGAAGUCUGAUCAGUCUCAGAUGAAGUUUAGGGAAAAGCUGUCCUUGUUCAUCCUUAUAAAAGUUCACGUACAUGCUCAACCUAUGUUACAUGAAUCUGGCUAUUGGUGUCUGACACUAUUAUUAUGCAUCCAAGUGUCAGACGUGAUAAUAUACUUGGUUGAAAUCGAAGUGUCAAGUGUACAUACCUGUAUCAGGGAGCUGAAGAUCUGAGAUAUAUUGUUCAACAUAAUGGUCCAAAAAGAUUCAAUCUACCCUUUGAACUUCUGUCAAUUUUCCCAUUAUAUGGUUGUUGUAGUGGUUAGUCAUUGUCAAAACAAAAUUUAUCUGGGUUGUUGUAAUGGUAAUGUCUUACUGAUUAUUUUUAAUUCUAGAUAAUUUACAUAAAUGGUGUACCUGUACCACUUAGGAAAAACCCAACAAAAUACAAAUAGACUGUUAGGUACCUUGUCUUAUUGUAACAUUUAACUUUACCUUGAAGUUUAGAGAUGAAAACUGCACAUAUAUACAGAUCAACUUAGAAGUAACUGUUCCAAGAAAUAUACGUAUUAGGCUUUAUGCAAUUUUCAGCUGAUACAUUAAUGGUCAGAAAAAGGUUAAGGUGAACUAUUUAGAUAUAAAUCCGUCAUUUUCGUUAAUACUUUGUCUUUACACCAAAGGAUUGGACAUUUCAAGAUUCUGAAUAAGACUAGCAGUUACAUUUCAACAUUCAGAAGAUGGUUUAUAUUAAACUGUCAUGAACCUUAGCUGAGCAGGUAGUAUUUCCUUCAACUUGAAAGCCUCAUUCCCAGAAUACAAGCCAGAAAGAAAUGGCGAUAUUCUGUCUGGAACAUCUAUCGAAUUCUGCUAAGAGGUGCAGAUUGUUCUCUUCAAUCUUGAAGGAUCCGUUUUCCAAUUGCUGUAAUUGCAACCAAAGCAGUCUAUCUUGCUCCGUUCCUGAAGAAGAAGAGGCUCCCAUCACUGAUUUCAACGAUGUGCAGGAAGUAGUAGUCUCAAUGAUCCGUAGCCGUGCAAUGGAGGCCAGGUUUAAAAGAAAAGGAAGCAUGCUGAACGAUAACUACUCAUUCGUUCUUCAUCCAAAAUCCGGAGUGCUCUUUGUCAGCAAAGCAAAACAACAGGCGCAUGAUGAUCAUUCUGCACAGCAGGAAAACAGUAAAGAUAACGAAGAAAUGGAUGAUUUUGCAUCUGUCAACAGCCACUUCUCCCCGUGCUUUGCAACUGCUGUUGAUGAUAGUGAAGUUUAUUUCUCGGUGAAAACCGAUUUCUCAUGCUGCUCAACCUUGAAAGACCCGGAUUUAGCAGAAAGUAGGUGGUGGGUUUCAGAAACUUUGGAUAGUUCUGAAGUUAAGAGGCGUGCAAUCAUCCAGGAAGUCUGUCAUUGUGAGGGCUGGCCAUUUGGUCUCUGUCGAAAGGCAUUGUUACUUCCACCUUUGCCAAAAUCCCCCUCAGAAUCUUGGUCAUGGUGUAAAAGCUUUCCAAAAUUCAUGAAGACGAUUUGAUAGCCUCCUGAUUAAGAAAUAUAAACUGACGAACACUGAUGAAAUUCCUGCGGGACUGCAAUUUUGUAUUUGCAGUUAACCUAAAUGUAGUUAAGACACUUGAGGAAUGUCCUUGUAAAAUCAGUACUGCAGAAAUUCGAUGCCUGUGACAUACCAGUGUGGCAGAGCAAGAGGCUACUGGUAUUAGCAAGUAUGAGGUCUCAUCACUUAGAAUGUUAAAGAGUUGUAAUAGCACCCAUAUUCAUUUUGAUUUUCAUAGUUAAUAAAAAUUUGUACAAAUAAAAGCAUAGUGAUAAGUAAAAAUCAGAAACAAAAUUACACUGGUUUAUAUACAUAUAAAACCACGGGUUGUUUUCCAGAUAGACAAUGUUUCAGAUCAUUAUCCAUGAUGAUAUGCAGCUCCACUUAGGGUUCUUUACUAAGGAUGCUACAAUCCAAUCCCCGGAAAGUUUUAAGUAUUUCGCUACUGCUGUCCUAUUUACUCAACAUAUGAGCCAGAAAUUACAGAAGUAUUUCAAGAACUGUGACUUACAUAUGUGAACGGAUGAUAAAAAUAAAUCU